GGAGUGCUUUCGCCAGCCCGUUUAUCGAUAACACAUACUAGUGUGGCGAUUCGGUUUGCAUAUUUACGAAAAGUUGGUAACUUUUUGGCGAAUUGUGAAACUCAGAAAAGCCAGGAUGCGGGAACAGCCACUGAAGGAGGUCACCCAGCUGAUCCACGCCAUCAAAGUGGGGCUGGUGGAAGGAUCCUACAGCAUAACCAACAAGACGCUGGAUAUCUUCAAGUACAUCAUCAUGAGCAAGAGCUGGCAGAACGCCGAUGCCCUCAUGCAGAUUGUGCGCGCCCAGUGCAAAAUCCUGCAGGCAGCUCUGCCCCAGGAGACGGUGACCUCAAAUAUAGCCCGGAGGAUUCUUAAGCUGACGCGGGAGGAAUUCGACCUGCUGCACGCAAAGGGGCAGCACUUCGCCGACGAUUCGCAAGCCUCGCUGUCGCUUCACAAACUGGUCACUCAGACUAGCGAGAGCAAUGUGAGCGUGGACUACUCGGUACCGCAGCAGGGAUUGCGGGAGGCGCUGCUCGACCAUCUGCAGGAGGUGGAGACGGAGCUUGAGACCAGCUCGGAGAACAUCUGCGUGCAAGCUGAGGAACACAUCCACUCGUCGGAGAUCAUCCUGACCCUAGGCCAUUCGCGGAGCGUCGAAAGCUUCCUCAAGCGGGCGAUCAAGAAGCGCCAGUUCCUCACCAUCAUCGUGGCCGAGUGUGCACCAGCCUGUCGGGGUCACAAUCUAGCUGCCAGCUUGGCGGGUGAGAAGAAUGUGGAGAUCGUUGUAAUCCCGGAUGCAGCCAUCUUCGCGAUGAUGUCGCGAGUCAACAAGGUGAUCAUCGGCACCCACAGCGUGCUGGCCAACGGAGGACUGAGAGCGGCCUGCGGAGCCUACACGGUGGCACUGGCCGCCAAACACUACUCCGUGCCGGUGAUCGUUCUGGCGCCCAUGUACAAACUGUCCCCGCUGCAUCUGUGCGAACAGGACGCCUUUAACAUGGUAGGCUGUGCGGAGGAUGUGAUCCCCUACGAUUCCAUUCCCGCCCGAGAGGCCAAGGUCUACAGUCCAAUGUUCGAUUACGUGCCACCGGAACUGGUAACCCUUUUCAUAUCCAAUACCGGCGGCCAUGCCCCCUCGUAUGUGUACCGCCUACUCACGGAACUGUAUCAUCCCGAGGACCUGGAGAUUUGAAAUCGAGUUUGUCGCGUGAUUUUUUUUUCAAAAAUUCGAUUAAUAAACACUGACCCUAAAGAUUUAGAAACAUA